CCCCUCUGUAUAUUUUUCUCUUGCGCAGAAUUCAGCUCGAUCGAUCUCCGUCCCCUUGGAUCCUCUUCGAUCUGCAACAUACAUAAUAAAGAAUGGCGGCGGCGUUUACUUUGACGUCUGACAACCAAUUCGUUACACCGAUCACUUCCGGUGAAAGUUUGUACGUGAGCUUUUUCAAGCCUGUUCUGAAUGAUGUUCAAUUAUUCCGACAGAUUGCAUUCUUCUCAAAUGGUCUUACGACCGGUACGAUUGGCCCUUCCUCGGAAAAAUACAAGGCACUGCAAGUAUUCGGCGUCACGAUCGAGGGAGGCCGAUUGGUAGAGCUGGCUCGUGAGCUCAGAGCAAUAGAACAAGGAAACAAUGUGUUCGUUUAUGUGAACCGUCUCGGGCUCUGCUUAAUGUCGGGAAUCAAGCAUCCAUCCGUCAAGGCGGUGCGGAUCAACGAUUGCUUCGGCUGGUCCAAGUACGGCGUGACGGUGCCUCGAGACCUGAUCCGCGCGUCCGCCGCCGCGUGGAACAGGCUAGACAUGUUCAACGGAGAAACCGUGAUGGACGUGGGAGGAAUGGUGAAAGCCGCGGAGGAAGCGGAGGAGCUGCGGCGGAAACUGGAGGGGGAGAGGGUGGAGCUGAUGGUAUGCAAGAUGAAACUGGCAUUGAUGGAGGAGAGCGAGUCGCUUUGGAGCAAGCUGGUGGAAGAGAAGGACAAGAAGGUGGAGACGUUGGAGAGUCAACUUCAAGGUUUCAAGGCUGCCUUGCGUGAGUUGGUCGACCGUCGUAAUUAAGGACGGCCAGCAGCUCGGAGAAAGAGAAAUAACUACUGUUUGAAAACUAUCAUGAUCACUCUUUUCGAUCUACUUAUUAUUGUAUCAUGGACGUCGGAGCUCCUCCGAGAGCCUGUUUAAUUAAUAGUGUUUCUCAUCACUCUCUUCUACGUAUUGUAAAUGGUGUUUAUAUAUAUGUAUCGUGGUUGAUUGUUACAUAAAUAGUGGUCUAAUAAUAUAAUUAAAUUUAAAAA